GUUUUAAAAUGAUAAAUGAAGAGCAGAGAGCAAGAAUAUUAAGACAAUUUAAUAGUUUUGCGAACAGGUACGAUCAAGAUAAUUAUUUAAGUGGGCUUAUAAUCGUAUCUAAUGUACGACGUCGUCGUCCACGAGUAGGUGAAGAAAAUGCGAAAUUACAUAAUAAGUCAUACUCUUACAAGAUUCGUAUGAUCGGGGAUGAUACUUACGAGUUACCGGUGUGUAGAAAAGCUUUUAUAUCCUUACAUGGUAUCACUGGAAGAAGACUUCAAUUUCUUCAGAAAUCACUGACUGAGUAUGGCGUUGUCCAAAAAGAUAAACGAGGGAAACAUGUUAAGAAAAAGCUUUCUAAACAAACUAUUGAUUUAAUGUACAAGCAAAUUGACACUCUGAAAACUAUUAACGGCAAGAAAGGCCAUUAUAAUUUACGUGAGAGUCAAAAAAUAUAUCUGUCGGAUGAGUUGAACUUGUCUAAAAUUCACAAAAUGUAUAAUGAAAACAAUCCAAAUAACAGAGUAUCAUACGAAACAUAUCGCAACUUUUUCAAUAAGAAUUUCAACAUAUCAUUCGGUUAUCCCAGGGUGGAUACAUGUUCGACUUGUGAUGAAUUUCAAGCUGAGAAAAAACAUCUUGAAAUUAAGAUUGCUCCUCUUCCUGAUGGGCAAGAAAAAUCACAGAUUUUGUCUCAACUUCGAAGACUCGAAAUAGAAAAUUUAGCACACAAAAAGAGAGCUGAAGUCUUUUAUGAUAAAAAAAGAAAAGCUCGUUUGACAGCUAGGCAAGAUGUUACAACAGUAGCGAUUGCAAUGGAUUUUUCAAAAAAUCUUUCUGUACCGAAUAUAACUACAAACGAUGUAUAUUAUAAAAGGCAGCUGAGUUAUUUUAUGUUUAAUAUUCAUGUGCUUGCUGAUUCUUCAUCUUAUUUUUUCGCUUACGAUGAGAGUAUUGGAAAAAAAGGAUCAGACGAUGUAGCCUCUCAUCUGUUUCAUUUCAUAUUUAAUAAAAUGGAGUUACAGGUCAAGUCUCUUAUAAUUUUCUGUGACUCGUGUGGUGGUCAAAAUAAAAAUUAUACCAUCUUUAGACUGCUACACUACAUAGUUCACUGCUGCAACCGAUUAGAAUUAGUCACAGUUAUAUUUCCCAUAAGGGGUCACUCAUACAUGGAGUGUGAUCGUAACAUGGCCUAUAUCAAUCAAAAGGCUAGAAUUGAACUUCCUGAAGAAUGGGCCGAACAUAUGCGUGGAGCUCGACAGAAACCGAAACCUUUCGAUAUUAUCGAAUGUUCACAAGAUGCAUUUAAGGGCUGGACUGCAUUUCUGAAACCGUUUUACAAAAAAACUUGUCCUUUUCCCAUACGACCGGUGCGUGAAUUUCGAGUCCAGAAGGAACACCCACGGCUCAUGUUUCACAGAAAUUUCAAUAAUAGUCCAUGGGAAUCUAGUGUGGUCAAUACACCAGCUUCUUUUCGGUCUAUGAAGGCAGUUAAUGAGGGCGAAUUCAAAUUACCUGGUUUGGCUUAUAAAGACAAGCUGCCUAUAUCAACAGCAAAAUAUAACGACCUGCAGUUCCUAAAAAAGUUCUGUAGGCCUGAAACGAGACGUUAUUACGAUGAACUUCCUCAUGCUGCAAAUAUUAAAGAAUCAGAAGGCAAUUAAAACAGUCAUUUGGGUACCUAUCAUUAUUGACUGUCAACGCAGUGUGGACAGUGAUCAUUAUAGUUCUGAUUUUUAAAGACUUACUUUUGAUUACAUUAUUUUUAAUUAGUUUAUAAUACUCUAAGAAUGAUUAUUUUCCAAAGAAAUAAUGCUAUGAUACAUGUUAUUUAAUUGUAAUAAACAAAAUUUAAUUAUCUUUAUGUUUGAGUUUUUUUAUACCGUUUAAAAAUUUAAAACUCAAUUAUCUUAAAACAAAAGACAAAGGACAUUCAUCAUUAUUGCAGUGGA